UUCUCCUCUGUGAAAACACCCAAAUCUCAAAGCCCUCAUCAGCAUGUCCUUCGCUCAGUUCCUUGUCGCCUGCUGCCUGGCCGUCGUCCUCUUGGCCGUGUCCAAUACCCGGGCUGCUGCCGCCCAGGGACCUCCUCUUUGCCAGUCCGGCAUCGUCGAGGAGAUGCCCCCACACAUCCGGAAGGUGUGCCAGGCCCUGGAGAACUCCGAUCAACUGUCGACGGCCCUCAAGUCCUACAUCAACAACGAGGCAUCUGCUUUGGUGGCCAACUCCGAUGACCUCUUGAAGAACUACAACAAACGUACGGAUGUCGAUCACGUCUUCCUGCGUUUCGGCAAGCGUCGUUAAGGACAUCCGCUCAAAGGAUAUCCCCAAGCCAAACCCCAUUUGAU